CAGUGUGAUGACGCAACACGAGAUUGUUCCGGAAACUGUACUCUUGGCUGGGAUGGUCCAACCUGCUCCAGACGAAAUGUGGCAUUUAACCAAAGCACGACGCAGUCUUCGGAUUAUAGCAACGGAGGGUUCAGCUUCACCUCUGGACUCGCCGUAGAUGGUAGGACUGGACAUCACCUUUUCACGACACCAUAUACAUGUACUCAGACCACAAGGAAUCAACAACCCGCUUCCUGGACGGUGACACUGGAUGCGCAGUACAACAUCUACAGGUUCAGGAUAUAUAACAGGAAUUCUUGGGUGUGUGGUACGCCGUGUGGCGCCCGACUUACCGGCUUCACUCUGUCUGUGGGUAACUCCUCCCAAAAUUACACAGUUUGUUACCAGGACAACACUACAGACCCAGAAGGCCCCGGGGCCAUCAUAAACAAAGUGUGUAACGUCGGUGGUCCCGUAUUUGGGGACACCGUGAGGAUUAUGAUAACUAAUUUCUUUCCCCUUACUUUGUGUGAAGUACAGAUUUUCGUAUGUAUCCCCGGGACGUAUGGACCAGACUGUGAGAAGAGAUGUGGGAAAUGUGUUGAGGGACCGUCUGUAUGUAACACAACAUCCGGGCACUGUCCACAGAGAACACCCAGGUGCAUGGCGGGAUACUCCGGUCCGAGAUGUGACAAAAAUUGUAACCCUGGGACAUAUGGAUCAGACUGUGAGAUGAAAUGUGGACAUUGCUUUGAAUGGGGUUCUGUUUGUGACGUUACGGUCGGUCAUUGCCCUGAUCGGAUACCAAGAUGCAUGUCGGGAUACUCUGGUGUGACAUGUGACACAGAAUGUAAAAACAACACGUGGGGGAAAGAUUGCUUACAGACAUGUGGAAAAUGUUACAACAAAACUGAGUGUGACGCUGUCACUGGUGAAUGCCCUGUAACGACAGGGAAUUCUACAUGUGAUCCUGGAUAUAGCGAGAGAGACUGUAUAAAAGAAUGUACCCCCGGGACGUAUGGACCAGGCUGUGAGAUGAGAUGUGGGAACUGUGCUGAGGGACCGACUCUAUGUAACACAAUAUCCGGACUCUGUCCACUUAGAACACCCAGGUGCAUGCCUGGAUACUCACCUCCGAAAUGUGAAUCAGAUUCAUCGGUGAGCUCUCUGGAUUACUCGAGAGUGAUUGCCGGAAGUGCUGCCGGAAUUUGUCUUGUCUUGAUCAUCGGUGUAAUUAUCAUUGUAAUCAUGAUUAGGAGGAAUCCGCGAAAUGUACAGACAGGUGGCGCUGUGGUUUCUGAACCAAACAGUACUCCAGCGCAGAAGAGCUCCAUUCCUGCAGAAUCCACGAACACAAAUGGCAUUCAUGAGCCGUCAAGCCUGUAUAAUACAUGCGAUGCAAACUCUUGUGAAGAUCACUCCUAUAUGGCCAUUCAUGAAUACGUCAAUCUAUAAUGAAUCACACUGAAAUACAUUUGCGGGUAUUUAUAUUGUAGUUCUACAUCAGGCAAUAUAUUACCAUUGGACAAACUAUUGCUGAGGUCUGAUCUCUUUACACUGGUUUAAUGUGAUUGUAUAUUAAAUG